GCUCAUCAGCCAUGGAAGAAGAAACUUAUUUUCCCGACACCGAUCAUCUGGACUUCAGCUUCACUUCCACCAUUACUAACAAAAGCUCUCUUUCCUCUAGCGCUCGUUCCAGUUUCAGCUGCAAAGAAUCUCCCACUAAUGCUCCGACCCUUUACCGCCACAUAUGGGAUCCUCGUUUUGCAGAAAUUAAAGCAGCCGCCGCCCUUUCCGCCGACGGAAACCUCCAACUCAGCCACCUCAAGCUUAUCCGCCAUCUGGGUACGGGAAACCACGGCAGGGUCUUCCUCUGUCAGCUUAAAGACCACGGCGGCGGCGCUUUCGCUCUGAAAGUAAUCGACAGGGAUUCAUUGAACGGAAAGAAAGUUUCCCACGCUGAAACGGAGGGGAAAAUCUUAACCAUGUUGAACCACCCGUUUCUCCCGACGCUGUACGCACGUAUUGAAGCUUCUCACUAUACUUGUUUCCUUAUUGAUUUUUGUCCCAACGGAGACCUUCAUUCUCUUCUACGUAAACAGCCCGGGAACCGGUUCUCUUUGCCGGCGGUACGGUUUUUCGCGGCAGAGGUUUUGGUUGCUUUGGAGUAUUUGCAUGCCUUGGGGAUCGUUUACAGGGAUCUUAAACCCGAAAACGUAUUGUUACGAGACGAUGGCCAUAUAAUGUUGUCGGAUUUCGAUUUGUCUUUAGUCGCUGACGUGUUCCCCACCGUUAAUUUCUUCCGCCGCGGGAAACGGGAUCGUUCUGUCGGUGGUGGUUGUUUUGGUUCCUCUGUUGGAGCGGCUGACGACGAAGAAGUUGUUUCCGAAUUUGUCGCUGAGCCGGUGACGGCGUUUUCUCGUUCAUGCGUCGGGACCCACGAGUAUUUGGCACCGGAGGUUGUCUCCGGUGCAGGCCACGGUAACAGCGUUGACUGGUGGGCUUUCGGAGUGUUCAUUCACGAGUUGUUGUACGGAACGACGCCGUUUAAGGGUGUUAAUAACGAUGUUACGCUUCGGAACAUAGUUUCGAGUAGUAAACAAACGACAUCGCUCCACGUGGCAGAAGCGGGAAUUUCGGAGGCAAAGGAUUUGAUUGAGAAACUGCUGGUAAAGGACCCCAGCAAGAGGCUAGGAUGCACCCUUGGUGCGCAGGAUAUUAAACGGCACCCCUUUUUUGAUGGGGUCAAGUGGGCAUUGAUUAGGCAGUACAAGCCGCCGGAGAUGGUGGGUGGGGUGGUGGCCAAAAGGGUGCACGUUGGCCGUGUGAAACGGCGGCGAUGGUUUUGGAAAGGACUCGAUAGUCUGAUGAUGAGAAGUUAAAAUAAAAACAUAGUAACUCUAAUGAGUAUGAUUAUGUUU